GGUGUCGACGGGCGCGCACGCGCACGGCGGCGCGCAGGUCGGGAAGAUGGCGGCGGCCGAAGUUUGUGGGGUUUGUUUUUGUUACCGUUGAGGGAGAUUGUGAUCGUUUCGAGUUCAUUUGUCGCCACCAGCAGUGCCGUGGGCGGCAGGCGAACGAAAGGGACGGGCGGGAAAUAGCGAUAAAGCGUGAAGGGAGAAGCUUGUGGGUCUAAUAACAUGGCCGAACCGCGGCGGGUCUCUCUGACUACGCUUCCCGUCUCGGCUCCUCUGUUGAAGAAAAAGAAAGAAGAGGACGAAGAGGAGGAGGAAGAAGAGGGGGGAAAUGUGAAAAAAGGUGGAAUAUCCACCAUCACGUCACGACACACGUUGGCUCUCUUUGAGUCAAGCGAGAAGAGUUGCCCCGAGUUUUAUUACCCCGAGUUAAUGCGAGUGCGAAAGAACGAUGGAUUGAACAAUUAUGGUACCCCUUUUAAUGAUGACAAAAGGAAAGAUGAAGAAAUUGAGACCUUGGCAAAGAAAUUUGAAGAAAAAUAUGGCCCAAAAAAACGUAGGAAGGAUCGUAUCCAAGAUCUUAUCGACAUGGGUUAUGGAUAUGAUGAAACUGACCCAUUUAUAGAUAACUCAGAAGCUUACGAUGAACUUGUUCCAGCCUCCUUGACCACUAAGUUGGGUGGUUUUUACAUUAAUAGUGGAACUUUGCAGUUCCGUCAAGCGUCUGAAUCGGAUGGGGAUGAUGACUUUGCAAAGGACAAGAAAAAGACAAAAUCUCCAAAGAAACGGAAGUUAAAAGAAGGAAAUGAAAAGAUAAAGAAAAGGAAGAAAGAUGAUGGGCAUGAAAAAGAUAAGAAAUCUCAAAAAUCAAAAAUUUCUAAACAGUCUGGGAUAAUGCCACUGAAUGUCAAUAAAGAAGAAAAAAAGAAGAAGAAAAAGUACAUGGGGGCAUUAGGUGUGAGAGAAAUGUUAAAAAAAUUUGAGAAGGAGAAAGAAGCCUUGAAGAAACGAGAGGAUGUGAAGAACUUGCCGAUCUUACAGACAGCAGCUGUUGCUUCUCACAAAACUGACAGUAGCUCAGUAAACAACAUUUCAGAUCCUUUGCUUUCACUUAUUGGAUCUGCUAAUGAUGGUGAUCUUCUGGAUGUAGCCAGAACUGCAGAUCUCGAAAUAGAUCUAGACCGUCUUCUGAAUGACUCACCCCCAGGCAGUCCCCUUAAUGAUUUUGAUGAUGGGAGUGAUCCUCUUCCUACUCUACAGCACUCAGCAAUGGGGCAGAUACCAAAGCAGGUGCCAACAUUGCCUGAAGGACUUCCUUCACUACUAGAAAAAUGCAUCAAAGAACUAACACAGGCUGCCAAAGCAUCAGAAGGCGAGGGGAAGCAGAAAUUCUUCACGCAGGAUGUCAAUAAUAUUCUACUAAAUAUUGAGCUACAGUCCCGUGAAUUGAAUAGUCAGGCCCGCUCUGGGGUUUAUGCACACCUGGCAUCCUUCUUACCAUGUAGUAAGGACACACUGGUCAAAAGGGCAAAGAAACUGCACAUGAAUGAGCAGACUGGGGCGAAAUGGCUGAUAAAGACAGGUCAAUGCUUAAUGCAGGAUGGUCGGCUGAAGGAACCAAUACAGAAACUAAAAGAAGCCAUUGGAAGAGCAAUGCCUCAUCAGAUGUCGAAGUAUCAAGAUGACUGCCAGGCUCACAGUCAAGCUAAAAUUGCUAAGAUGAUGGGAGAAGAUAAGGAGCCGAAGGAGAAAAUGUUCUCAGAUGAUGAUGAAGAUGAUGAUAAGAUGGGAAGAAGAAUUGUUGGACCUCGUAAAAAGUUCCACUGGAAUGAUGAAAUAAGAGAUUUGUUAUGCAGUGUGGUGAGGACAAAGAUGGCUUACUAUGAGCAGGAGAGAAACAAGUCCCAGGCUGCAGAGGACUACCUGAAAUCUUUUCUUGAUUCUGAGGUCAAACCACUCUGGCCUAAAGGAUGGAUGCAAUCAAGAACAUUGUUCAAAGAAAGUAGGAAAGUACACGCACAUGUCACCACAGUACCUACCAAGAAGAAAGUCAUUACUCCCCCAAAGUCUAAAGUGAAGGACCAUAUUUUUAAGAUGGAGCGAAAAUUACAUCAGUCAGUUAUCCCGGUUCACAGUGGUAAUGCUGCCUUUGUGCAGGGACCUUGCACUUCACCUUUGACUCCAGUAAAUGUGUCUGUUUGCUCCAGUGCUGCUCAGAGUUCCAGUAAUACAACAACUCCUCAGUCCUUCAGUUUGGACGAUUCGCUUGAGGAGGAUCUAUCCAAUAACCAGCCUUCUCUAGAAGAUGUAUCUGAAGCAUUGGCUGCUCUUAAUGAUGCUGUAAGAAGUACCAAAAACUUCAGUCCUUUGACAUCGAAUUCAUUAAGUGACAAGUUAACAGCGGGGAUGUCACUAGAAGAGAAGAAACAUGCACAGAAGGUUCCAAUUUCCUUAUCUGAUCCACCAACUGCUACUCAGUCGCAUUCAUCUCUCAGUCUUUUAGCUGAACAGGCAUUAGCUUUGGGACAAUUGUCUCAGGAAAGGACUUCAGAGAGUGCUACUAGUCUUAUCACUGCCUUUAAAAACCAUUCUGCAGCAAACAGCAAAGUUUUCUCAGAGACACUUCAAAAUAAGCCGAAGCAUCAUUGCAUGCAACGUCUGCAGCCCCAAGUUCAAAGUCCGGUGUCGGCACAGGCUGCUAAGCAGUAUAAUCAGACCACGUCACAUCAGAAAAGCUACAUGUCAUCACCAUCUUUUAGCACAAGCAAACUGCAGAGCAGUUCUCAGACUAAAACUACCAGCCAGUUGCAACAACGGCCAUUAAUUCAGCAUUUAAAAUCUUCAACAAAGACUCAGAAUUUCCAUUCUGUCUCUUCAUCUUUAGCAAGUAACAUACAGUCAUCACCCAGCCCUCAACGAACUUUUGGCACUUCAAUUACAUCUGUCAGUUGUACAGCAAAGCAUACCAAUGCACAGAGCUCUAUAAAUCAGCCUUUCAAGUCACCAAUGACUGUGGUCUCCGUAACUAAACAUUCUUCCCCUUCCAGUAACCCCAUUCAGAACAUAACUAGUGUUCAAAGUUCUGUAUCCAAUAAUAGUCAUCUAAAUAGACAAUCUCCAUCUCCGGGACAGGCGUUAAAUCGGCAAUCACCUACUAUAAAUGUAAAGAAGCCCUCUGUUUCUCAGAAACUGACUCUGGUGGCUCCUCCCGGUGGUAGUAAUGGAGACUCAAGUAGUGGGACACAGGGUGUAGCUAAACUGCUAACUACUUCCCUUAAACCUGCAGUUGUUAAUAAUUCUACAGCUACAGGAGCAAUGAUGGCUACCACAGGAACACCAUUGCUGGCAAGUUCUCCAUCUAUGAGUCUUCUGUCACCUUCCUUUAAUACAACAAACCAGAAAAUAUCUUCAGCAACCCUGAGCCAAGCCUCACUCGGGAUGAUGCCGGGCAUUGUUCCUAUGCACUUUACAUUCCCUACAGUUUUAACAUUAGGCUCAGACUCUACACCUAAAUCUGCGGUAUCCACGGAUGCAAUUGUCACGGGUCCUGCCCCAGGGACAUUCCACCAUGGCCUUGCACAUAGUAUUUUUGCUGGCUUACACUCUACCCCUCACCAUGCAGUGCAGCUUCCUCAUGCAGUUUUGCCCACCCACAUACAGCAGUCUCUCCAAGAUAGCAACAAAAUCCAUGGGGAGACUUCCAGCAUGCAGCGUAAAAUGCCAUGACCUCUGGCACAAGGCAGUUGAAUAAAGAUGAUGCAUCGGCAGUGGUGCUGUGGUAAACAUCAGAGGGAAUGGUCAAGCUAAAGAAGCUACAAGGCUUGGAUGACCAACUCUGCAUUUUCUUUUAUCUAAAGAUUAAUUGUGCCCUUUUUAUUUUGGGGCAAGGAGAAUGUGGUUGAAAUCUACUUCAUACCUUUGACAGUGACUGGUGGAAAAGACUUGUUACAGCAGCAGAGUUAGGAUGGCUGGAAGACAUCAAGUUGGUCUAGAAUAUGCUUAGAUUCAAAGUGUAUAGAAAAGUAUCUUCCACUGAAUGCCUAUGCAAGAACAUUUUUAGUAUUGACAUGGUAAUGAAGGUCAUUAGAGCAAAGUUUUAUGUGGUGCAUUCCAGAGAUUUAAGGCAGCUAGAGAUUUUAGUUUCAAUAUUUUGUUAUUUCAUUAUAUAGGUUAUCCUGUAUUCAGCAGCAGGCUUAAUUAAAGCUAUUUUAAUUUCUUCAGGCAGCAGCUUGGAUUCUGUGUAGACAGCACACUGUUUACCUGAAACACAGGCACAUGAUGGUGUGAGGUUGGAAAUUUCCUCUGGAUAACUGACUCUUUUUGCGAAGAUAGGAUAAACAAACCAAUACUAGUUAUGGAUAAGCUAUAUGGAAAAAGUAUUGCCCCUAUAGACACACAACUCUGAUAGUUUCCUGAUUUAAAGAGAUUGAAGUUUUUGUGCGAAUUUUGUCAAUGAUCAAUGUUUUUCAAAAAUUAAAUUUACUAUUUAUUGCCUGUAAAACUUUGUUUUCAAUGAGUAUUUUUACAUUGUACUCUUCUGCUCUACUGAUGCACUAACAAGGCCCAAGACUCUUGAGCCAGCUUUUUGUGUGCUGCACAUCAAGCACAAUAAAAAUGGAAUAUAAAAACGAUAACAAAUUAUUUAGUGAUACAAGGGAAAAAGACUGAUAUUAGUUUGCAUUAGGAAACCAGCUGUGUUAGCCACCUCAGUUGCAAAUUGUUAGUGACUAAUACUGAUCACAAUGAUCUGGUGUCUUAACGGUUAAGAAAAUGUCAUUAGUCUCAUGUACUUAGAGCUUCUCAUUUUAUUGGGAACCCGAGAGUGAAGACUGGUUCAUGGACUGUUUUGUUUAGAUUUCUGUCAAAUAAUAUUUGGUUGGUAAUAUAAGUAUAGACAGUAUUGUAGCAGAUACUGAUCAUACAAUUGCAGUGCCUUUCCUUCUAAUGCAGAAAAUGGAAAGUGUGUGCUGAGGUUUCAUGUAUUCUUAAUCCCUGUACAACACUAUUAUUUUUUUAAAAAAGCAAGAUAAAAUAUGGGAUUUGAGAUUCAAAAAAAAAUCACCUGCAGUUCAAAAUGUGGCACAAUCUAGUUGAUUAACAAAAACCAUGUCGGCAGAGAAGCCAAAGAUUUUUUUUUCAUAAAGAUGACAUAAGCUUGUGGAACAUGGUCAUGGGCAGAUGGGUUGAAAGUUUUUUUUUUGAGAUUUUCAUAAGAUUUUUAACAAAAUGACAUUUCAUUUCUGGAGUGCUCCAGUCAUAUUUAAUGCUAUUGGUGACUCACAGGCAUGAUAAAUGUUCUACAGAAACUCAGGACUUGAAAAUUGCUGGAUCUGAUUUUUGUGUUAAUGAAGUUUAGCUCUACUUGAAAUUGUAUAAUCAUUCUCAAACUCUGUAAAUGGUGAUGUACUAGUAAGUUCAAUUUGUUUUAACUGAAAUAGGCAUUACUUUGAAUGAUGGUGCUCCAUUGUAUAUUGUUUUUGAGAAUUGUGUAUGUAUUUGCUGCAGGACAAGGGGUUGGUUGUUUCUGUUGCACACUGACAUGUCAAUAAAAUAGAAAAUUUUGGAGAAAA